UCGAUUCGUAUUCUACCUGCGAGUGUGAUAGUAAGGGUAGUUGUGUGGUGCCAGGGUCCGGUACAGCGACGUCAGUGUCGGUGGGCAGCCUGCUGGACGACAACAUGUGGCACGACGUGGUGGUGUCCCGGCACCGCCGCGACCUCAUCUUCUCCGUGGACCGCGUCGUCGUCACCGGACGCGUCAAGGGGGAGUUCUCGCGCCUCAACCUCAAUAGAGCGUUGUACAUCGGAGGAGUGCCGAACUUCCAAGAGGGCCUGGUGGUGGACCAGAACUUCACCGGGUGCGUGGAGAACCUGUACCUCAACGCCACCAACGUCAUCCAGGAGGUGAAGCAGGGCUACGACUCUGGGGAACCCUUCAAGUUCCAGAAAGUUAACACCCUCUACAACUGUCCUGAGCCGCCGGUGGUGCCCAUCACCUUCCUGAAGGAGGGGUCGUACGCGCGGCUGCGGGGCUACGCCGGCGCCACCACCCUCAACGUCUCCCUCGAGUUCCGCACAUACGAGCACCACGCCCUGCUCAUCUACCACAAGUUCAAGACUGAGGGAUAUGUCAAGGUUUACUUGGAGGAGGGGAGGGUGAAGGUGGAGUUGUCGACUGGAGGCGGUCCCGGGGGUGGGGCGACGGUGGGCGGGCCGGUGCGCCUGGACAACUUCCCCGAGCC